CUCCUUCCAGGUUGUGGCUCCACCAUUCUGCAUGCCAACUCCAUGCUGGCAGAAGGAAAAAGAGGAAGUGAACUAGACAUACCCACAUCCUGAACCCUCUGGCACAAAUGGAUGGAUACGAACCAUCAGGAGGCUUAAUGAACGGAGAAGGGGAGGAGCCACAGACAACUAAUGGGCGACAAAAGUGUGGUGGGGCCAUUGACUGCCUUAGGAGCUGAUGGAUGCAGCGAGUAGGUACCUGGAGUCUUGUUGACGUUUGAUCCUGGAAGAUCAUUUGGAAACAGGGUGGGCAUUUAGAAUCCCUGGGCAAUUAUGGCAACUUAGAAAUCUUAUCACAUUCUCCACCACAUCUGUGGGAUCCAUUUUUAAGUUGCCUCCAACCCUUUCUCCCAGCAAAUGGGCAGCCUUGUUUCCAAGGAGAACCUUAAAAUCAGUGGGUGGUUCCAGUUGCCUAGUUUAUGGCUUGAGGCACAGUCCUACUUGAUUGCUGGUAAUAAUUUUUACAGCCUGCUAGAGGCCUCAGCUGGGCAAAGCUCUGUUAGCUCAGCGGGCCAGCGCUUACGGCAGGGGCCUACAAGAGACAACCUGGGCCCGGGAGAGAGGAGGUUCCCGUUGACUUGGUCUGAGAAGGGGAGGAAAAGUAGAAGAGCCAGCGGUGUUCUGAAACAAGGAAGAAGGCCACCCGCUUGUUUUGAUUUCUCUGGACAAGGCAGUUGAAUGGCACCUGUGCUGGCUUGGUGGACAUGGAACUCUUUCUCCAUUACUCCCUCAUCCCAUCACUCCUCAUCAUUUUGGUCUUGUCCUUUCUCCAAAGACGGGAGCACUGCAAACAGAGAGAUGACACUUCUUACCUCCUGGGGAACUACUUUGGAAUUAUCAUACCUCUGGACUUCGUGGGCACCUUUAGCAAUCGAUGGUCCUACGGAAUUGCGUUCGGAGCCACAGCCAAUAAUGUCAUGUUCCUGUUCUCAGAAGGCUCCCAGCUCCUGCGGACCCCGCAGUGGGCCCGAGCCUUUGUGCUUCUGAUUGGAGGCUUCGAAGUCGGCCUGUCCCACUUCCCCUUCUUUGCCUGCCUCUCAUCGGAGUUCCGGCUGGUCAGCUCCAUCCUGGGCUUCCUCUACUCUCUGACCUGGUUUGUUGUCACCAUUCUUCACAUCACACAGUGUCCCCAUGGGCAGUUUUUGGGGAGGUAUGAGACUGUCAUAUUCUACUGGCCCUCGCUGCUGUGCCUGUCCUUCCUGCUGGGCCGAUUCCUGUACAUGUUCGUCAAGUCUCUGAGGAUCUACCUCGGCUGGGAGCUGCAGACGGAAGAAAAGCCUUUCCUGGAAAUUCAUCAGGCAGAGCACGUCAAGCAGCUCCUGCGGAAGCCCCCCCUGCAAGAGAAAAAAAAGUCUUGGUUUCAGAGCAGGAUAUACGAGUGGGACCCCUGCUUUCAGUUCCCAAGCAGAAUGAUCGGAACCACUGUGUUGGCUUUUAUCUGCCUGUAUCUCUUCAUUGUCAUUGAGUUCUGCGUGUUCGUGUAUGUGAGAGAUGCGCUGGAUGUGUUUGAAGGCGAGUUAGAGAGCUACAUUGCCUCCGUGAACCAGACUGGGACCCUGACCCCAGUCAUCCUGCAGGUGAAGGAGCUGAUAAAAAUCUCCAAAGGAGUCUGGGUGGUUACCAUUUUGCCUGCCUCCCUCACGUGUGUGAGCUAUCUGUUCCACAUUUUGGCUUGUUACAGAAAGCACGUGAAGAGGCUGUGGGCAGGAAACAAACACUUUCUCCCUCUGAAGUUCCAUAGCCCUUCCUCCUCAGGGAGCGUGGCGGCCAUUGCAAGGUACUCUGGCUGGCAAAUAGCCUACAUUUUGUGGGGCUACCUCGUUAUCCACGUGGUGCAGAGCCUGUGUGGCCUGGUGAUCAUGUACAGCCUGGUGCUGCCCGUCAUCCACAACCAGGGCCUGGAGGUGCUCCGAGGACUGGGCAUCGGGAUCCUCACCAUAUCCAUCGUCCUGGGCCUCAUGAUCCUGCAGGUAUGCAUUGCUGGCAGCUUCUUCCUGCAACCCAAGAUGAGCACAGUUGACAAGCAGAAGCCCUUGGCACUCAACAACAGGAAAAUGUUCCACAACUUCAGCUACUUCCUGUUCUUCUACAACGUGCUGCUGGGCCUGGGCGCCUGCCUCUCCAGGCUUCUCAUCAGCUGCAUCCUGGGCACGUGGCUGAUCGCCCGCAUCGACAGGACCAUCAUGCAGAAGGGCUACGAGGGAGCGGACAUGGGGUUCAGGGCAUGGGUUGGCAUGCUCUACGUGGACCAUUAUCACACCCACCCCGUGCUCGUCAGCUUCUGCCACAUCCUGCUCAGAGGCCUGAGGGAGAGGCAGCUGCAGCAGGCCCUCAGCUGUGGGCACCUGUAUCAGCCAGCAGGUCCCCGCACCUCGGCGAGGCCCAGGACAAGGUGGCGCCUGCUGCAGACCCUGAUCAACAACCCCAGGCUGCUCAUGCUCAGAAAGUCAAAACCAGGUCCCGGCUCCCAGGAGUUUACCCAGAUCCUGCUGACGUGCUCGAAGAGCUGACGUGGCCUCCGCCACCGCUCCUCGCCACACCAGGACGACUGCGGCCGCUGCUGAGACGAGGCCCCAGCUACCCAGCAGCUACCCCAGAGCGACGGGACGCCCAGCCCCUGUCCACACAGAUGGCGCAUGGCAUCCGGGCUGAACAGUGCAGUCUCAGGUCUCAUUCACGCCUCUGGUAAAAGGAUCAAGAACUAAAGAGAAACUCUGUUGAACAGACUUUGUCCAGUCAUCAUUUCUACUGCCCAUGGUUGGGAGACGGCCUUGGGCAGUUCCAUGUUG